AUGGCGCGCACCGACAUUCACCAUGCCCGGGAGCCGGUCUUCCAAGUCUCUCAGGGUCGCAUAUCUACGGGCACGGAGGGCCGAUGGACUUCCGAGAAAUCCGGACCGGGCCUUUCACAUCUAGAUGUGGAUGCCUUACACGAGCCGUCUCUGUUCCCAGAAUUGUCUGAGCCCACGCAUCUCUCAGAGUAUAGACGCGCCCCGGUCCGCUCGAAGACCACACCGAAUAUAACCUCGGGUGACCCAUCAUGGGCUGUCGAAUCCACUCAAUUGAUGUCUCCCACGGAGCCGGCUGAAUCUCCUGAUGGCCACGGCCCUCGCUCGCAGAAGAGCAAACCUGUGAAGCCCAAAGUACAUAUCAAGCCGAUGCUCCGGAAGAUGUCGCGUGAUGAGGCGCCGUCAACAUCCAUUGAUCUGUCUCGCUCAUCAACCGAGCAGGAGGGACUGGGAAUAUACAUGAACCUUGAUCGGGAUCGGCGUCGCAGCGACUCGCUGACCGGGGUAGCCUUCCGCAGAACACCCUCCGGCCUUCAUAAUCGGUCCACGAGUGGGACAUCCCAAUUUUCGACAGGGACUACCUCGAGUGGCAGUAGACGGGGGUCACAAUAUGUGCAUCCUUUGCGCCCAACGCCCCGCGCAUACACACCGCCACUGAGUCAAUCAUAUCAAACCUCUGGGAAUGAGAGCGAACAAGAGAAUGAAAGCCCGGAAGUUGAAUCACGACCGCUGGCGAACCUGGAAACACACCGGCCCACUCGCGCUGCCUCGGGACCAGUUCCGCGGCUCUCCUUGCAGAUCGAAAGCGACGUUUUGAUCCAGGGAAUCCCGAACCUAUCGCAAACCAACGUGGCCGGCCGGCCGUCCUUUGGUUAUUCUCGUGAUAAUGGAAGUACUUUGGAUACCGCUUCCCCCGUCUCUCGGUCCUCUCUUGACUUCGUUUUCCGCUCUCGCACCCGGACCAGCACAGACCCAGUAUCCCGAGCAGCUACCAUCCAAGCUGCUCGGCAGGCAUUUGAAGAGAAGGAAGCCGCCAAGGCUCGUCGACUUGAAAAACAGCAGAACAAAGCCGAAGAGAAGCCAGCCUGGCGUCGCGUAAAGCGCAAGCAGUCAGAUGGCCCGGAGUCCCCGGAGUCCCCGGAGUCCCCGGCUGUCCAACCAAACGAGAGACUCUCAGAGAAAGCUUCAUCAUCGAAAGAACCGAAGCGGCCGGAAGUGCGUGAUCAGCAGCCGCCGACUUCGUGGAAAUCACAAUCGAAAAGUACCUGGAUGCUCUUCAUGACAUGGCUUCGGACACGCGUGUUCAAGAUUCGUCGCAAGCUUCGGAAGACUAGCUGA